AAUAGCAGGUGUGAGAAACGACUGUGUCCCUGCAUACACCCCUCAGACACCACCGCCAUCAUUACCGCCGCAAUGUCCACCGCCAGCGCCGAGACGACCGCACAGCUGCCCCCGGCCGCGGGAAGGGUGUUCUUUCAGCCCGGCGUGGUCUGCGCCGGUUCAGGACCGAUGCAGAGGGAUGACCCGGUGCCGAAAAAGCAGGGCAAAGUGACGGUGAAGUACGACAGAAAAGAGCUGCGGAAGAGACUCAUACUAGAGGAAUGGAUCAUUGAACAGCUGAGCGAUCUUUACGACUGCGAGGAAGAGGAAAUGCCAGAGCUGGAGAUAGACAUUGAUGAUCUCCUGGAGGUGAACAGUGAAGACGAGAGAGCCAUAAAACUACAGGAAUCAUUGUCAGACUGCUACAAGCCCACUGAUGACUUUGUGCGUGAGCUCCUCGGCAGGAUAAGAGGAAUGAGAAAACUCAGUGCUCCGCAGAAGAAAAGCUUUUAAGUGCUCCAAAAUGCCAACGACAAUCCAGCGACCUAAACUACAGGUCCCACAAUCCAUCACUCAGCGUAGAGUUGACCUCAUACAGCCCUCAAGGAUUCGCUAUCCCAGGAUUCAUUUCUGCUCCAGAAUCAAUAUACUCAUUCAUUUUCCAAGGACCUUGACUCUGUUCAGGACACCUAAAUUGAGUCAUCCAUUAUCCAUAGAUCAGACAAUAAAUCCAAGAGUGCAAAGUUCAUCCAGGACACAAUCAAACAAUCUCACACAGUCUGUUCCUGUCCUCAACCUCUCUAAGGGUCUUACAGGCCCAACACAUUAUUACACGGUUUGGUUCAGUAUUACAGCUUUUUUUAUGAACCGCAACCGACUACAACGCUAUUUUAUAAAGCUUAUUAAAUAUAUUUUAAUUUUUUUAAUUAUUAAUUAAUUCAUUUUUACUUGAAGGAAAGAUGCUAAAGUUACAUAAAUCUUUGGUAUUUGUUGUUAAGCAGUGAUAUUCACCAAUAUCUGUCCAGUUAAAAUUCAUGAAUUUGCACGAACGUUAUUCUUCCCUAGAGUCUGUACAUGAGCCAAGCAUAAUGGAUUAUUUAGGUUCAUGAACUGUGGGUAAUGUUCAGUUUAAUGUCAUAUAAUUGGACAGAAUACAUAUCAGUCUGUCCAUCAUAAUUCUGGGGUUUUCAUAACAAUUAUAAUCUUUCAAGAACACUGAACUAUUCUUGAAAGGUCUGUGGCUAUAAUAACUACUUUCAUAAAGUGAAUAUGACUGUGGUGUGAUAAAACUGUAAAGAUUUUUGGUGGGAUAUGAUUACAGGAAGUAAAGAAAUGAGGCUAUUUUCGGAAUUAAAGGAAUAGUUCACCUAAAAUGUAACCCAAGAUGUAGAUGAGUUUGUUUCUUCAUUGGGAUUUAGAGAAAUAGAGCAUUGCAUCACUUGCACACCAAUGGAUCCACUGCAGUGAAUGGGUGCCGUCAGAAUGAGAGUCCAAAACAUCACAGUAAUCCACAAGUAAUCCAUACCGUUCCAGUCCAUCAAUUAACAUCUUGUGAAAUUAAAACCUGUGUGUUUGUUAGAAACAAAUACAUCAAAAUAUUUAAACAAUUGCUCCAUUGCUUGCUGUUUGGACUCUCAUUUUGACGGCACCCAUUCACUGCAGAGGAUCCACUGGUGAGCUUGUGAUGUAAUGCUAAAUUUCUCCAAAUCUGUUCUGAUGAAGAAACAAGCUCCUUUAUAUCCUGGGUGGUCUAAGUAUGAAUAAUUUACUUUGAACUGUUCCUUUAAAUACUAGUAUACUAUUUACUGUGCAGUACAUACUAAAUACCCUGAAAAUGUAGAAUAGAGUGCAUUGCAUUGUGGAAUAUAGUAUUCUAAACUAUACACUGCAUAUUUUAGCAAAUGCAUUCAUGUAUUGUAGCAUACACACUGUCCUGCUGAGUUCGUAGCAAAGUAUAACAUACUAGUAUGGCGAACAUAGCCUGAGUUUUGAACACUUCUAUAAAUCAACAAGGGCUGCAAGAGAGUAUAGAUCUUAUUAACAGACACACUGUACUGUGAUGAUGGUUAGUGUUCAUCUAAUGAUCGAGCUGGAUGACGUAUCUAGUUUGACUCAAGCCAUUAUUGAAGGCACAUAAAUCGUUAAAAUCUAGGCUUUAAUUUGCUUUUCUCACACGGUUUUACACGGAGGCUGCCAAAGAAUAUAAAUCGGCUGAAUAUGAUCACAUUAUAAAGUGCUAUCGGUGUAAAUUGGUACAUGUAUAUUAUGUUUCUCUAUAAAGAACAUUUAAUCUUCGUGUCAUUCAGUGUCAUACUCAUGGGUCAGAUUUGUGUUUGAUGGUGUAAGUUGUAUAACAAGGAACCCAGGGGGGAAACUAUGGUGCUGUUUAAACUUUUUAACCCUCUACAGUGUGGAUGGACAAUGUGUUUUGCAGGCCGAAAGAAAAAGGGUAUAAAAAAAAAAAGAAAAAGAGAUUCGCUCUUGAUCUUAUACUUUUGGAUGAAUCUAAUAUUUUUAUGAUCCGUUUCUGUCAGCCUGCAUCUAAAUAUCAUUGUGGAUUUUAAGAGGUUUGCGUGUUUUCAAGUAUGUUUUGACUCUCAGAGAAGAAAAUUCAGGGUUUAGGCUGAUCUCUUUUUUAUUUAAUUUACUUUUUGUUUCCUAAAAUGUUAGAGAUGUAUUUGAGUGUACGAAAGCUUUAUUUAUGCAUGUUUUAUUGGCAUGAUGGGAAGUUUUUAAUCGCUUAAGCGAUUAUUUGUCUUUUUAUACAUUAUAACAAGUAUUACUCUUAUAAAUAUUAAAUGCACAACUUUUUAUUAAUUUUUAUUGACUCUUUCUCCAUUUGGGGUGUUUUGAAUUUUUUUUUUUUUUUUCAUAUGUAAAGUGUGUUUUUUUUGUGCUGUUCUACUUCAAAUAAAGGCAAAAUGUCUGAACUGUUACAA